AUGGUUGAGAUGUAUGGUCCGGCUGUGGUGGCCGACAUCCCGACGAGGAUUUCCUGGAGAGAAGAAAUAACGGCGAGAGGGACGCCUUCGUUUUCUCAACGUGGAAAGUUGAGGGCUCAAACUGGUUGGCUGUUUAAAGGUAUUGAUGAAAGCUCGGUUUGGAAUUGGACCGUAGCUGUGGGCACAUAUGCUCUGAAUCUUAAGGAGUAUGACAUUGCCAAGCAACUGAGAAACAAGCUGAUUGAGAACAGUGUCGGUGAAUACUUCUCAAUGGCCCGAGCAGCGAGCAGUGCUGGUGAAUACUUCUCAACAAGGGUUCAGGGUUUUUUUUUUCUCUCGUUCUCAUUCUACCGCGCCGCUCUGUCUGUCUUCUGUUCUCCUCGCCCCAUAUCCUCUUCUCAAAUUCAUCGAACCGACCAACCCCACGCCACCAGGCACCACCGCACGUCCGCACCAGCCACUGUCCUCCUCUCCUCCGACCGACACAGUCCUGACGCAAAGCCUCGGUUCAAAGGCUUCGCAAUCGCGCCUCCCCGUCUUCAAGAUACCGCCUCCGACGCCUCGCCGUCUCCGACACAUCGCGCGGCCCCCACCUACUUGACGCCGGCUCCACUUUGCAGAUUUGAAAGAAUUCACUUGGCACCUUUGACUAAGAGGCAGUGCUUCUUGUUGAUUGUUGCAGGAUCUUUAUCACGCUUUUUCUUAGAUCACUUGUUUGAGAGUUUUCAUGUCUUGAUAUACCUGUACCUCUUAGAAGCUCUGUCAAAGUACUUCUUCUGUAUGGAAAAUGGACAUUCUUCAAUGUAUACAUGGAUAUUGAGCACCGGUUGGUGGAAAAAUCGAGCUCCAAUUGAUCCAGAUGCAUUAUAG